AUUGGAGCGUUUCAGGUGUUGAUAACCAGGGAUGUUUAAACUCUGUUACUCUGUUACUCCUUUCUGUCCAUCAGCAUUGUCUGACAGUGUCUUUUAUAUUCCUGUGUCUCCAUGCCUAACGCUCAGUGUGAUACUGUGGGGUCUGCACUUCUGCUACAACACAGAAUAACAACGUUUUUGUCAGAAGGGGACAAAGAUCAAGCCCCUCCCUGCUGCUGAGCCUGGACUUUCAGCAUGGCCUCUUGCCAGGGGAGGCUUUAAAAGGAUGGCAGUGUGUGGCUCUGACCACUCUUACGGCAGGACAUCUCGUGGGCACCAAAGCAAGGAAAGAUGACUCACCACUGCACCAAGUUCUCUGGCCACUGGAAGAUAAUUGUCUUCGACGAGGAGUGCUUCCAGGGGCGCCGCCAUGAGUUCACCUCUGAGUGCUGCAACGUGAUGGAGUUUGGUUUUGAGACCGUGCGCUCCCUCAGGGUGGAGAGUGGAGCCUGGGUUGGCUGGGAGCACGCCUCCUACCAGGGGCAGCAGUUUGUCCUUGAGAGGGGAGAGUAUCCUCAGUGUGAUGCUUUCGGUGGCAGCAACUCCUACCACAUCCAGAGGCUGACUUCCUUCAGACCUAUUGCCUGUGCUAACCACAGAGAGUGUCGCAUGAGUAUCUAUGAGAGAGAAAACUUUCUGGGCCGCAAGGGAGAACUAAGUGAUGAUUACCCCUCCCUCCAGGCCAUGGGCUGGUCCAACAAUGAAGUUGGCUCCCUGAGGGUCCAGUCUGGAGCAUUUGUCUGCUAUCAGUACCCUGGUUACCGUGGAUACCAGUACAUCAUGGAGUGUGACCGUCACUGUGGCAUGUACAAACACUUCAGGGAGUUUGGCUCCCACUGCCAGACUCCCCAGAUCCAGUCCAUCCGCCGUAUUCAGCAGUAACAUCUCAGUCCAACUGACCAAUCUCUCAACCUUUCCGAUGUGACCCUUCCCCUUUGACCCUCCAUGCUACCCAUUGAUAAAUAAACUGUCUUUCUUGAAUUUUUCUGACUUCCAUUAAUGUUUUAUUGGGUCUCAUAAUGAAAACAUUUACCUUAAAAAUAUUUAUAUAAUUAAAAGUACUAAUCUAUUAUAAUAUAUUUAUCCGCCUUCAUUUAACAGAGGUCUCUUUUUGAUAACAUCUGACCAAAGUUCCUUAUAAUUUAAACAACAAAUAUCAUAAAACGUUGUAAAUAUAUAUCGAAAGAACAGUCUCCAUUUGAUAUAUGUUUUGUAUUGAUUUACCAGGAGUCAUUAGUUGUUUAGAUUUAAAAUGUGCAAACUACCGGUAUUUAAUGAAUAAAGCCAAAGGUGUUUGAGCUAGGGGAGCCACCUAGUGGCGCAGAUCUGUAAAAGCUGUAAAUGUGAUCUUCAAACGUUAGAAUCUCACAAGCUUUUCAACAAGUACAUUCGACUUA